AUGACGACGAGCCACGACGCAGUAUCUUCCUUACCUGCUCUGCCCCUUCCUGAUGGCGUCGGUGAGUGUUACGUUGAUUGCACCGCAUCGUGCGGCCUUAACUGGCAUGUUUUGAAAGCCGGCGAGCCCGGCAAUCCGCUGAUACUCUUCUGUCAUGGGUAUCCCGAAGUUGCAUUCUCAUGGCGCAAAGUUCUGCCCAGUAUAGCCGAAGCUGGCUACUACUGUAUCGCAAUGGACCAGCGGGGGUACGGGCGGACCACUGGCUGGCCCAGAAGAUCGUUCAAUGAAUCGAACCUCAAUGACUACCUUUUCACGAACCUGGUCCGCGACUUGGUCUGUCUCGUGUUUGGCCUGGGCUACACUGAAGUCCAUAGCAUCAUUGGUCAUGAUUUCGGCGCUGUCAGCUCAGCAAUGGCGGCACUGAUGCGUCCCGAUAUCUUCAAGUCAACCGUUCAACUAAGCCAUCCUCAUCACGCCCCGCCCACGCCAGCUUUUGGGGAACAGUCCUCUCAACCGAAAGUUGACAUACAGGAGGAACUUGCAAAGUUGGACCCACCACGGAAGCACUACAAGUGGUAUAACUCCACGUCUGAGGCGGCAUCCGAUUGGGAGAACCCAGCUCAAGGGAUUGAGGCAUAUCUUCGAGGCUAUUUUCACCUGAAGUCUGCUGACUGGGACAAGAAUGACCCCCAUCCCCUUGCUAAAUGGAGUGGCAAGGAGCUUGCGGUGAUGCCUGAGUACUACAUCAUGCGGAAAGAUCGGUCCAUGCCGGAAACUGUUGCAGAUAUGAUGAAGGGCGAGGAUUCAUCCAAAACAGAGACAUGGCUGGAUGAAGAAGCGCUCCGUGUAUAUUGCAACGAGUGGAAGCGGACAGGGUUCCAGGCUGCGCUCAAUUGGUAUCGAGCCCAGAGUGCUGCGACUCCUGAAUCUACCCGUGAUAUGCUUCUUUACGCUGGCCGACGGAUAGAAGUCCCAUGUGCGUUUAUCAGCGGGAAGCAGGACUGGGGUAAUUACCAGCAGCCUGGUGCAUUCGAGGGCUACAAUGACACCAAAACCGUGAAGCAAGGCUGCUUCAAGGGGACAAAGCUCAUAGACGGCGCUGGGCAUUGGGUACAGCAGGAGCAGCCGGAUGCUGUCAUAAAGGAAAUCCUGGGAUUCGUCUGGGCCAUAUGUUGA